AUGCAUCUUUAGACCUAAGUCCCGAACGAAAAUCUCGCUGGCCAUUGCCCCGAGAUCGUGGGGUUAUAUGCUAAUCGUACGUGCCAAGGUCGAUAGCGUCACAGGCAAGCGUGGAAAGAUUAUCUAGCAGGAGUUGGAGAUCGUGGAAUUGGCCGUGGCGUAUGAAAUUGCCUAUACGUUCUUCCCGAUUCCGUAUACUACUCUUCGCCCAAGAAGACUUGUCGAGUAUACACCACGACGAAUAGAAGCCUCCCAUCACAUGCCAAAAGCUACCUACCCCGCUACAGAACGCAUAGAACCCUGAAAUCUAGCCAGGAACGGAGCAUAGCAUCGACACCGUCGCCCUGCAUUGUCACACCUCGUCCAAGUUCUCAAACGACGACGACAUCAAUCCCGGCUCUAGCCUCGACCGAGCAAACCUCACCUUCUAAUUGCUCCUACCGACCUUGAAGUCUCGACUAUUGACCUAGGCAAUAAACAUUGGACACAGUAUACUAUAAACCAAACACCAUACAACAGAGACAUACCAAACAGCAUACGCAGGAAGAAGGGAAAGAAGACGCCGCACACCAAAAAACAACACAGAAAACAAAAAAUGCCAGCGACAAACCUCCUAGAAGGCAAAACCGCCAUCAUAACCGGCGGCACCACCGGCAUCGGCCGCGCCAUCGCCCUCGAGUACAUCCGGCAAGGCUGCAACGUCGUAGUGAAUCACCUCGGCCGCGACAACGACGCGCCGCACCUCGAGUCCCUCAUCGCCGAAGCCGCGUCGCUAAAAGCCACCUUUUCCAGCACCACCACUCCUCCCCCGGGCCUAACGAUCGGCACCCUCGAGCACCUCGCGGGCGACGUAUCGGACCCUAGCACGGGCCCGGCCCUCGUCGCCCACGCCGUCGCGCGUUUCGGACGCCUCGACAUAUGCGUGAGCAACGCGGGGAUAUGCCAGUUCGCCGAGUUCCUGACGCUGUCAGGGGACCUGUUCUCCAGGACCGUGCGCACGAACCUCGACGGCGCAUUCUACGUCGUCCAAGCCGCGGCGCGACAAAUGGCUUCGCAGGAGCCCUUCUCCCCCUCCAGCACAUCCUCCCCAUUCAGCACCCCCUUCCCCUCAUCCUACUCAGCACAAGUCCACCGCGGCUCCAUAAUAGCGCUAUCCAGCAUAUCCGCCCUCGUAGGCGGCGGCCAGCAAACGCACUACACGCCGACGAAAGCGGGCGUGCUAUCGCUCAUGCAGAGCUGCGCCGUGGCCCUCGGCCGCCACGGCAUCCGCUGCAACGCGCUGCUGCCCGGAACCAUCCGCACGCAGCUCAACGACGAGGACCUCGCCGACGCGGGCAAGCGCGCGUACAUGGAGGGCCGCAUACCGCUCGGCCGCACGGGGGACCCGCGAGAUAUGGCGGGUCCCGCCGUCUUCCUCGCCUGCGACGAGCUGAGCGGGUAUGUUACGGGGGCGCAGUUGCUGGUUGAUGGGGGGUUGUUUGUGAAUCUGCAGUGAUUGUUGUUUUUUUCCCCGGGAAGGGGAAAGGGGGAAGUUUGUUUGCCGGCCU